UAGGAGCUGAAUGUUACUGCAACUCUGGAAGCUAAGAAAACGAAACUUAAUUAAUUAUUUAUACAAAUUAUUUAUACUACUAUUAGAGAAGGCAUAACAGAAAGAGCCUAGCUAGCUAAUUACAUACUCCGUAUUUAUCCCAACAAUUAAUUACCUUAUUACUUAUUAGCCUUCAAAAAAACAAUUAAUUAGCUUAUAUAUUAGUAGCAUGGCCACAGAAAAGGCAGCCACAUUAUCCAAAAUGGCCGCGGGGAUCAUCUUGCUGCUCCUUGCGGUGCUUUGUACCGGCACCAUUGGUGAGGCGGCGAUCUCGGGAAGCCAAGAAUUGACGACGGUUGCUACCACCACUGUGAAGACACCGCCUGCGACGGCGGCAUCAACCGGCGGCGGCGGCGACGAAGGCCGUAGUGUGCUGAGCAGAAGAUGGCUGCAGGAGCAGGGUAGUGGCAGGUGUACCUUUAGAUGCAUGAUCACGUGUCAAUGUCUAAGCUGUGACUGCCCUGAGACACCCAUUGCUCCGUAACACAUUAUUGCAUAGUACUACGUAUAUGCGCAUUGAGGAGGGCUGCACAAUAAAGUGAUCAUAGUACUACGUAUAUGCCCUGAGACACCCCAAUAAAGUACCCCUAAUAAUAAUAAUGAGCCCGUUUGGUAGCACGAAAAUCGGCUGUUUUGACUGUUUCUGCUGAAAUUUAUGAAGUUCUGG